UCUGCCGUAAAAAUCACAUGGCCGCCGUCAACAGCAUGCUAUUCUAACGACAGCUACGUUUUGUAGCUUUUCUUUGGUACACUAAUGCCGGUGUCGAUGUUAAGUAGCCGAAUAAAGAAGAAGUAAACUCCUUCAUGUAGCUGACACACUGCCACUGCCUUGUGUCUUAGCCUUUGUGGCUAGCGAGUGAUAGAAUCCGCACCAUGUUUGUGUUGGUGGAGAUGGUCGACACUGUCAGGAUUUCUCCGUGGGACUUUCACAGGCAACUCUACGAGGCUGUGUCCGAUGAGCUGAACAAAAAGUUGGCAAACAAGGUGGUCUACAAUGUCGGGCUCUGCAUCUGCUUGUAUGACAUCACCAAACUGGAGGAUUCCUACAUAUUCCCAGGGGAUGGUGCCUCACACACCAAAGUUCAUUUCAGAUAUGUGGUUUUUCACCCAUUUCUGGAGGAGAUCCUGGUUGGCAAGAUUAAAUACUGCAGUCAGGAAGGAGUUCACGUGACCAUGGGCUUCUUUGAUGACAUUCUCAUCCCGCCAGAGUCUCUUCAGCAACCCACUAAAUUUGAUGAAGCAGAGCAAGUGUGGCUGUGGGAGUACGAGACUGAUGAGGGAGCGCACGACCUCUACAUGGACCAGGGGGAGGAGAUCCGUUUUCGAGUGUCAGAUGAAAUAUUUGUCGAUACGUCGCCGACCGGGCCGACUAAGGAUGCGACACCCGCACUACCCGGGCAGUCGACGGCACCGCCGCCACCACCUGUGCAAGAUAGCGGGGAGAAGAAAGAGGCACCGUACACGCUCAUAGGGACCAUUUGUGAGCCGGGCCUGGGGCUGCUGUCAUGGUGGAACAAUUAGCGGGAGGAAGAGGAGGUUAUCUGGAUGAUGAGCAGUGAGAACUACUUGAUGUCCUGUUUCUUCAGUACAGCGCAGGAGCAAAAAAACAAUGGACAUUUUCGGCACCAGAACAGACUGACGUGUCGUACUUAUAGGAAGACUGAGGUGUACCAGCAUCAUGUUUAUUACAUCAUACAAAAUUAUUAUUAUUAUUGUAAAUUCCCUUUUUAGUUGGUACAGUUUGCUUCCCUAAUCACAGGAAAAUAUGAUAAAAUUAUGUAUGAGGAUGCAUAAAGGUAGUGAAACUGGGUUUGUGACCCUGAUGGCAAUAAGGUGAGCUUUGGUCACAUUUUUAAUUUGUGAAGUUCACACAUUCAAGUUCAGCUGUUUGUCUUCAUCAGCAUGAACAUUGCAAGUUAUUUUGUGUAAUUAUAGGAAGUCACAAGGGAUAUGACAUAAGCCUUUAAAUCUUUCAGUUUGAAUGACAGUCCCUGGCAAUAUAGCGGUUCCUUAUAUCCUUGCCUCACUACAUUGCAGUAUUUACUCUGGCCACUAGGCGGCAGUAGUGACACAUUUGAGACAUGAUUGAAGUCAUCAAGUCGACCAUGGCGUGUUUGACAUGAUAAAGUGGGGAAAAAAAGUUAUUCCAAAUAAGGAUAAGCGCUACAGAAAUUGAUGGAUGGAAGGUAAUUCUAUUAUGGGUGGAAGUGGUAAGUUUUUGGCGUAAGUUAACACGAACUAAAUUCGAAGCUAACUAGUUAGCUAGCUAGCUUGUUAGCUUGCUCACAUAAGAGGUGAAUUUAAAGGUGACUAUAGGCGUGAUAUUUCAUGUCUACAGAACUUUAACAAUGUUAAAAUACGUACUGAGAAAGUCAUAACCGGUUUUCUGUGCUCUUAACUAUGAAAACGUCCCAUCCUUUAUCGAAAUUAAUUCAUCACAAUUGGGUCUUGGAACCAACUAAGCGCUGUAAAGGAGGGAUUACUGAAUGGUGUAUAUGUAUACAGUCAAUCAUUUUCUAUAAAAAAAUAGAUAUACAUCACAGUGUUACAUGUAAUGUCAGAGGAUGCUUGUGUCUGACAU